AUGAGCGGCACUAUCGUUGAGAGGAUUCGCGCGGACUGGGAGGAUCUGGAGACGAUUGAGAAAGCGGCAUCGAGAGUGUUGGUGGAUCAAUCUAUGAAGACUGGGAGUAGCCAAACUUCGAGGGCGGAAAAUUUUCGGACGAUUGUGGCGCGCGAAAAAAAGUUGUGNNNNGAGUAUUUGAAGGCUCUGCAGGAGUAUCUGAGAGGAUUCAUUCAACGUCAACGGCCUAUAUUUGAUCUCGAGAAAUUUGAGAAGGAAUCUGAGGAGGAAUUUCAAGAGAGAUGGCAGGCCAGAUCUGUUCAAGGAUGGGGCGCGGGAUACACUCGGAAUUCGCGUCUUUAUUGUCCUCCUACUGAUCGCCUCUUUGCCAACGAGAAAGCUCUUGAGGGUCAUAAAAACGGUAAAGAGUUCAAGAAGGCUGCGGAGAAAAUGGCGAAGAUGCACCCCGCGGAAAUUGAGGCUUUGAAUAAACUGUCGGAGAAGAAAGAUAGGGAGUUGGCUCGACUUGAGGUUAUUAUACAGAAAUAUAAGGAGACCUUGGCCGAUACUAUUGAUGAUACUGUGCAGUACCUGACGAUCCGACAAGCCAGGACGUUGGACGAGAUAGAGACGGAUAUUUGGUAUGAAGAAAACGGCGGUAGGGAGACGUUUGAUGACGAGAAGGAUGAUGUUUGGGAUAAGAAGGAGCAAGAUUCCGACAGCGACUCGGAGGUUUCGGAUGAUGGAGACAACCGCGCACUGUAUAACCCUUUGAACCUUCCACUCGGUUGGGACGGCAAGCCGAUUCCGUUCUGGUUGUAUAAACUCCAUGGCUUGGGCAAGCCGUUCAGGUGUGAGAUAUGCGGCAAUUACACGUAUUGGGGCCGUAGGGCUUUCGAGCGGCAUUUUACUGAGUGGCGACAUGCGCAUGGGAUGAAGUGUUUGAGAAUUCCGAAUUCUAAACACUUUCAUGAUAUUACCAGAAUCGAGGAUGCGAUUACUCUGUAUGAGAAGCUGAGAAGAGAGCAAGCGAUUCAAGGAUUUGAUCCCGAUACUGAUAUUGAAUGCGAAGAUAACAUGGGCAAUGUUAUGAACCAGAGAACGUACCAAGAUAUGCUCAAGCAGGGUCUCAUCUAAUA